AUGAAGCUCUCAUUAGGUCAUUCAAAUCAGCUAAGUACAAUCGAGCUCUCCGCUUUCUUAAGCGCAUGGUUGACAGGGGUUAUAAACCUGAUGCCAUUCUCUGCCAUUCUCUUCAUCAUCUUCCUCUCCAUCUUUGAUAUUUCACUUUGUGGGGAUCGAGAUAAACCUGCUCUAAUAACUUACCCAGAUGUGGCUCUCAAUUAUGUGUCUUGUUUUCAGGGUCUGUUGUUUUGUCCAGAAGCAGCUUCUUUGAUGCUUCGUAACUUCUGUAUUUAUCACAUUGAUGCUCCAGGGCAUGAGUUGGGAGCUGAUGUGAUUUCUUCGGAUGAACCGUUGCUUUGUGUGGAUGACCUAGCUGAUCAGGUUGCAGAAGUGCUUGAUUUUUUCGGGCUAAGAGAGGUUAUGUGCAUGGGUGUAACAGCUGGUGCUUACAUCCUCACACUAUUUGCUAUGAAAUACAAAGAACGAGUGCUUGGAUUGAUUCUUGUUUCACCGAUUUGUAAAGGACCUUCAUGGACUGAAUGGAUUUACAACAAGGUCUUGAUGAACUUAUUGUACUUCUAUGGUAUGUGCGGUUUACUGAAGGAAUGCCUCCUGCAACGUUACUUCAGUAAGGAGCUUAGAUGCAGUAUUGAGGGAUCAGAAUCAGAAGUAAUACUAACUUGCCGAAGAAAUAUAUUUGUUGCAGGAACAGACACAAGCACGUACACACUAGAAUGGGCAAUGGCAGAGUUAAUGCACAAUCCAGAAAUCAUGUCAAAAGUACAAAAUGAACUCGAACAAGUUGUUGGCAAAGGUAUUCCAGUCGAAGAAACAGACAUAGCCAAAUUACCAUACAUGCAAGCAGUUAUAAAAGAGACGUUUCGUGUACAUCCACCAGUUCCGUUAUUACUACCUCGCAAAGCAGAAACAGAUGUUGAAAUUGGUGACUACAUUAUUCCAAAAGAUGCACAAGUUUUGGUUAAUGCUUGGGCUAUUGGCAGAGAUCCAAGUAAAUGGGAGAAUCCUAAUGCUUUUGUGCCAGAGAGAUUUUUCAAUAGUGAGAUUGAUUUUAAAGGACAUCAUUUUGAGCUUAUUCCAUUUGGGUCUGGUAGAAGAAUUUGUCCUGGUUUGCCUUUGGCUAUUAGAAUGUUGCCUUUGAUGUUGGGAUCUUUGGUUAAUUGCUUUGAUUGGAGACUUGAAGAUGGAUUGAAUGUCGAUGAUUUGAAUAAGGAAGAUGAGUAUGGGAUUACCUUGGAAAAAUCUCAACCUGUGAGAAUUGUUCCAAUCAAAUUGACUAAGCAAUAA